GCGGCCCUCGGCCCGCCGCCCGGCCCGGGCCCCGGAGCGCGGUGGAGCGGCGCCCCGAGGAGCCGGGGGCCCGCGCCCCGCGCCCCCCAGACAUGGUCGGCCACCUGCAUCUGCAGGGCAUGGAGGAGAGCCUCAAGGAGAAGAGCCGGGAGGGCUUGCUGGACAGCCCCGACUCCGGGCUGCCCCCCAGCCCCAGCCCCAGCCCGCCCUUCUAUUCCCUGGCGCCCGGCGUCCCGGACGCCCGCGCGGGGGGCGCCGGCGCGCCCUCGGAGCCCCCGGGACCCGGCGAGGCCGGAGCGCCCCCGGCCCUGCCCCCGAGUUCCCCAGCACUCGAGAUGAGGCCCCGGAUGCUGCCCGUGUCCUUCGGGGAGAGCAUUGAGGUGCACCCGGAGCCCACGCACGAGAUCCGCUGCAACUCCGAGGUCAAGUACGCCUCCGAGAGGCACUUCCGGGACAAUGUCUUCUACGCGCCCGUGCCCACGGUCACGGCCUACAGCGAGACCAUCGUGGCGGCGCCCAACUGCACGUGGCGCAACUACCGCAGCCAGCUGACCCUGGAGCCGCGGCCCCGCGCCCUGCACUUCCGCAGCACCACCAUCAUCUUCCCCAAGCGCGCCAGGAACACUUUCCGGACCACCCUGCACUGCAGCCUGGGCCGGCCCAGCCGCCGGUUCACGUCCAGCGUGCAGCUCCAGCUCCUCCUGGGGCCCGCGGCGCUCUGACGGGGCGGGGCCGCCCACCCCCGACCCCGCAGCGACCUUGGGCUGGGGGGGCCCCAAGGACGGACCGCGUGGCUCAGCCUGGAGCCGGGCGCGAGGGAGGUGGGGUGGACUCGGUGAGCACAUCUGUUCCGUGGGCACGACAGCGGGGGACGCGGCAUGGGCGUGGCUCCCCGAAGCGCUCCGGGCCGGGGCGGGGGGAGGGGCUUGCGGUAGGUGGGGUGCCCCCCGCCCCGGGGGUCCCCGAGAGAAGAAGGCGUGCGACCGCGGCGGGCCCUUAGGGCGGAGACCAGCCUCGGCCGGAGGGACUGGCGCCGCCCCCCGAGACCCCGGCCACCCCGUCUGACCGGGGCUGGUGGCCUGGCUCCCAGGCCACGUGCCGUCCGGACACCCUGGCUUCCUGGGAAGAGGGGUCUCCAGAACGGGCCUUCCCUUGGGCGGGCUAGAGGCCCGGGCCGAGCGCCCUCUGGUGGCGGCCGAGCCAGGAGGGCGGGCAAAGGCCAGCCGUGAGGCCAGGGCCAGCGCUGGUAGAGACCUUGCCGGAGCUGUUGGCCGUGUGCCGGGGCAGAGGCUUUCGGGCACGGCCCGCCUGAAUUGAGGCCUUGGCGCUCUGCGUCGGGAGCCUCGCCCCCAGGGCGUCCCUGCUAACCUCUGUCCGCGCAACCUCUCCAGGAUCAGGACUCUCGCGCCAGAGCCUUCCCGCCAGGCGCCAAGGGGAGGCAUCGAAGCUCUCGGAACCUCCGCCGUCACCUGCGUGGGGCUCCGGGCCCAGCUGCUUAAAGAGAUGCCGGUGGCGGUGGCUGCCCUGGGUCAGGCCGCCCGGUUCCACACGCGGUGAUUCCACACGCGCCGUCCCCAGUGCUGCUGGGCUCCCGUCGCACGUGCUGCCAGGGCAGGCGGGGAGCCAGGGGCCACGGUCUGGUGCUGCCCUGGACGGGUGCCCCAGAAACUCCCCAGUGUGGCCUCGGAGGGGCCCUCUGGCCUGAAUGGACCCAGUGGGUAAGGGGACUCCCCUCCCACUCCCUUGUUCAUCCCCCACGACGGGGGCAGAAAGGCUCUCCCACAUGGUGGGGGUGGGGGUGAGAGAACAACCCGGAGCCUACGUCCAAGAGAGGCAAGUGCCUGAUCUAUUUUUGUAUAUCUACACCCGGUGCAUGUUCUCUCCAGAGUCCGAUUAACAAAAAUAACUUAAGAACUUGAUUGAUUAUCUUAAUAAAAUGUGCAGACCCGGAGAGGCUCCCUGUUCUGUGUUCCCGAGCCCCUCAGAUCCCAUGGGGUGGGGCAGGUUUUCACAGGCCCCUGUGCUCUGUGGCC